GGAACAACAUCUAUUUUAGCCCUUGGUGUCGCAGACGCUCAUUGGCGCGCGCAAGCAGUGUGGGUGCAAUAAUUGAAUAGCAUGGAUUUCUAAUUUUAUUUUGCGACGCUCGCGCACGCGACGUGUCCGGUUUGGUCAGCAUGUAAGACUUACCACCCAAACGAGCCCAGUGGAAACCCUCUGGUACCAUGUUAUUAUGAUCCAACUUCCUGGGUGGAGACAGCUGCCUCUCCCGAGUAUUUUAUGUUGCUGCGAAUGGUGUGUGAACGUAAAUAUGUCCAUUCUGUGAAACAUUAAGAAAUGUAUCACUUAUGUGCGGAAGAGGCGAAAGACCGUUAUUGUAACAAAUUAGGUAAACCAUCAUGAUCCCCAUCACAGAGCUCCGGUACUUUGUUGACACCCAGCCGGCGUACCGCAUCCUGAAGCCAUGGUGGGACGUCUUCACAGACUACAUCUCCAUUGUCAUGCUCAUGAUCGCCGUGUUCGGGGGCACGCUGCAGGUCACCCAGGACAAGAUGAUUUGCCUGCCCUGCAAGUGGGUGGUCAAUAAGUCCUGUGAGUACCUCAAUGUGAGCUUCCCAGACCCAUUUGCCGCUGAGCCCAAAGGCAUCAAGUAUGAACUCGAUCGGCACCAGUACAACUACAUUGACGCGGUCUGCUACGAGAACAAGCUACACUGGUUCGCCAAGUACUUCCCCUACCUGGUGCUACUGCACACCCUCAUCUUCCUGGCCUGCAGUAAUUUCUGGUUCAAGUUCCCCCGGACUAGCUCCAAAUUGGAGCACUUUGUAUCCAUCCUGCUCAAGUGUUUUGACUCGCCCUGGACCACCAGGGCUCUGUCCGAGACGGUAGUGGAGGAAAGUGACCCCAAGCCCCUGGGGAAGAUGAACGGUUUGGUGGACAAGAAGGCAUCUUGUGUCAGCGAGGACGUGGAGGCCAGCAUUCCUAUGCUCCAAAGGACUAGGUCCCGCAUCGAACAGGGCAUCGUGGACCGCUCCGACACCGGCGUCCUGGACAAGAAGGAAGGCGAGCAGGCCAAAGCUCUGUUUGAGAAGGUGAAGAAGUUCCGGAUGCACGUUGAAGAAGGGGACAUCGUUUACCGGCUCUACAUCCGCCAGACCAUCAUCAAAGUCGUCAAGUUCAUCCUGAUCAUCUGCUACACGGCCUACUAUGUGCACUACAUCAAGUUCAGUGUGAUCUGCAAGGUGGACAUUGAGAAGCUGACAGGCUAUAGGAUGUACCACUGUGCUCACCCCCUGGCCACCCUCUUCAAGAUCCUGGCCUGUUUCUAUAUCAGCCUGGUGGGGAUUUACGGUCUCAUCUGCAUGUACACCCUCUGCUGGAUGCUCAGCCGCUCCCUCAAGCGCUACUCUUUUGAGUCGAUCCGUGAGGAGAGCCACUACAGCGACAUACCCGAUGUGAAGAAUGACUUUGCCUUCAUGCUGCACAUGAUUGAUCAGUAUGACCCGCUCUACUCCAAACGGUUUGCCGUUUUCCUAUCGGAGGUGAGUGAGAACAAACUGCGUCAGCUGAACCUCAACAACGAGUGGACGCUGGACAAGCUGAGGCAACGCAUCACCAAGAACUCCCAAGAGAAACUGGAGCUGCACCUGUUCAUGCUUAGCGGAAUCCCUGACACAGUGUUUGACCUCCUAGAACUGGAGGUGCUCAAGCUGGAGCUCAUCCCCGAUGUCACUAUCCCCCCCAUCAUUGCCCAGCUGGUCAGCCUGAGAGAGAUGUGGCUCUACCACACACCAGCCAAAAUCGAGGCCCCAGCUUUGGCCUUCCUGAGGGAGAACCUGAAGUCCCUCCACAUUAAGUUCACAGACAUCAAGGAGAUCCCUCUGUGGAUCUACAGCCUGAAGAACCUGAGUGAGCUGCACCUCACAGGGAACCUGAGCGCAGAGAACAACCGCUUCAUCGUAAUCGACGGGCUACGGGAGCUCAAGAGGCUCAAAGUGCUCCGUUUGAAGAGCAACCUGACCAAGCUGCCUCAGGUGGUGACAGACGUCGGAGUCCACCUCCAAAAGCUGUCCAUUAACAACGAGGGCACCAAGCUAAUGGUGCUCAACAGCCUGAAGAAGAUGAUGAACCUGACAGAGCUGGAGCUGUUGCGCUGUGACCUGGAACGAAUCCCGCACUCAAUCUUCAGCCUACACAACCUGCAGGAGAUCGACCUGAAGGACAACAAUCUCAAGACCAUCGAGGAGAUCAUCAGCUUCCAGCACCUGCACCGGCUGGUAAGCCUGAAGCUGUGGUACAACCAGAUCGCCUACAUCCCCAUCCAGAUUGGCACCUUGACGAACAUGGAGAGGCUCUACCUAAACCGCAACAAGAUCGAGAAGAUCCCGGGCCAGCUCUUCUACUGCCGCAAACUGCGCUUCCUGGACCUGAGUCACAACAACCUGACCAGUAUACAUGCCGAUGUGGGCUUCCUCCAGAACCUGCAGUACUUUGCUGUGACGGCCAACAGGAUCGAGUCGCUCCCGCCGGAGCUGUUCCAGUGCAAGAAGCUGCGCACCCUGAACCUGGGCAACAACUGCCUGCAUACUCUACCAUCGCGCUUCGGCGAGCUGACGGGCCUGACCCAGCUGGAGCUGCGGGGUAACCGUCUGGAGUGCCUGCCCGUGGAGCUGGGGGAGUGCAGGCAGUUGAAGAGGAGCGGCCUGGUGGUGGAGGAGGACCUGUUCAAGACGCUGCCCACAGAGGUCAAAGAACAGCUGUGGAGGGCCGACAAGGAGCUGGUCUGAGGAGAGAGUCCAGAGAGAGAGAGGGAGCCUAAGGAGAGGAGGAAAGCGGGAGAGAGGAUUGGGCAGUGGAGGCUGAUUAACUUUCAAUUGGAAGCCAUUCUCAAAUUUCUCCCUCCUUCCAGCCUCCACUAGUAUGGGGUAGGAGAAAGGAGGGAGAUGUGUCCGUAUUGCUGGACACGCAUCCAGAGAAGGAUGGAUGGAUGGUUGGUUGGUUGUUGUCUUGGCUCUCCUGGCUGAAUUAGUCUUUUUUAGGGUAACUGGUGGGACUGCCACAAUUACAGUAUAACCGUGUAACCGAUGAAGACAGUCAUAACCAUUUAAAAAAUAAAUAAAAAAACAGCUGGCUGAAUAACCACAAUGCAGCAGCAUCAGCACACAGAAAUAGAACAGUCUAGGAAAAUCUAACCUUGGCAAUUUGACUGGUAAACUUGUAGGUACACUUGCAAUGGCUGCCUGAUAUUGUGAUGCAAUAAUUUCCAUGGUAAUGUAGAAUGUUCAUUCAAAUUAUGUUAACUGAUGUAGCUCAUGCAAUGUAUUUUUUUGUAAUGUCAGUUGAGUUGAUUGAAUCAAAUCGCAGCACAAAUUAUUUCCUGCUUUGAAACUAUGGGUACACUGUCAAUAACCGCCACUCCACCCAUUAUGCCAUCAUUUACUUGAAUUGGGAUGCCUGUUCUAUUCAUUAUAUUUCUAUAGCAGCACAUGCAGUCCGGAGGAGAGGAGAAAAUGUAAAUCUACCAAAAAAUUAUAAAUGUUUUGCUAUUCAAACAUUUAUUACGGUGACCGCGGUAAUUGGCCAAUUACCGUUAUCCAAAAUUCCAUGACCAAGUCCCUAGUCACAGGGUCACAAGAUGUUCAUUAACAGACUAACCAGAUGGAGACCUCUCCUCGCCAACUUUGUCGUUCUUUUCCCCCUUUUUGUUAAUGAAACGAUGUGCAAAGUCGAUCCUUGUCGAAUGCUGAUUAGGAGAGGAUGAGAGACAGAAAUGAAAUGCUUGUGAGUGAGGAUUUUAUUUUGUUGUUGUACGGUGUCAUCUCAGUAUGGAUCAGGGGUGUCAAACUCAUUUUGCUCUGGGGGCUGCAUUUGGUCUUUAAGGUUAAUCCUCCCGGACUGUCUAGCUUUAAUUUCAGUGAUUUAAUAGCGAGUUGGACACAGUUAAACUGUAUGAAUGUAAAUCCAUUAUCAUUUCUACACCGUUUCCAUUAGGUUUUUGUCAUUUUAAACUAUAUUGAGUAUGUUUCCCCACCAAAAAGAAAACAAUAUUUAUAUAUAUUUUUUCUCAACCGGCAGGCAGUAUGUUUUGACACUUCUGGUAUAGACAGUGGCCACAGAAGGACAACAUAAAAGAGUUGGUGUGGGAGUGGAAUGUUCAUGUAGCCUACAAAGCAAUAUAUGUGUGUGCUCUGUUUUCCAUCUUCACUUGGAAGUAUACAGUCUAGAGGUCGACCGAUUAUGAUUUUUCAACGCCGAUACCAAUACCGAUUUAUUGGAGGACCCAAAAAAGCCGAUACCGAUUAAUCGGCCGGUAUAUAAAAAUAAUAAUAAUACAUUUAAAAAAAAUGGAAAUGUAUUUGUAAUAAUAACAAUUACUACAACUACUGAAUGAACACUUAUUUUAACUUAAUAUAAUACAUCAAUAAAAUCAAUUUAGCCUCAAAUAAAUAAUGAAACAUGUUCAAUUUGGUUUAAAUAAUGCAAAAACAAAGUGUUGGAGAAGAAAGUAAAAGUUCCUUGCUCAGAACAUGAGAACAUAUGAAAGCGGGUGGUUCCUUUUAACAUGAGUCUCUUCAAUAUUCCCAGGUAAGAAGUUUUAGGUUGUCAGAAUUAUAGGACUAUUUCUCUCUAUACCAUUUGUAUUUCAUAUACCUUUGACUAUUGGAUGUUCUUAUAGGCACUUUAGUAUUGCCAGUGUAACAGUAUAGCUUCCGUCCCUCUCAUCGACAACAGCCACCCUCGAAGCAUCGUUACCUAUCACUCCACAAAAGCCGCGGCCCUUGCAGAGCAAGGGGAACAACUACUCCAAGUCUCAGAGCGAGUGACGUCACCGAUUUGAAAUGCUAUUAGCGCGCACCCCGCUAACUAGCUAGCCAUUUCACAUCGGUUACACCAGCCUAAUCUCGGGAGUUGAUAGGCUUGAAGUCAUAAACAGCUCAAUGCUUGAAGCAUUGCAAAGAGCUGCUGGCAAAAUGCACAAAAGUUCUGUUUGAAUGAAUAUUUACGAGCCUGCUGCUGCCUACCAUUGCUCAGACUGCUAUAUCAAAUCAUAGACUUAAUUAUAAAAUAACACACAGAAAUACAAGCCUUUGGUCAUUAAUAUGUUCAAAUCCGGAAACUAUCAUUUCGAAAACAAAACAUUUAUUCUUUCAGUGAAAUACGGUACCGUUCCGUAUUUUAUCUAACGGGUGGCAUCCUUAAGUCUAAAUUUGCUGUUACAUUGCACACCCUUCAAUGUUAUGUCAUAAUUAUGUACAAUUCUGGCAAAUUAAUUACAGUCUUUGUUAGGAAUAAAUGGUCUAAACACAGUUCAACGAGCCAGGCGGCCCAAACUGCUGCAUAUACCCUGACUGCUUGCACGGAACGCAAAAGAAGUGACACAAUUUCCCUAAUUAUAAGAAAUUCAUGUUAGCAGGCAAUGUUAACUAAAUAUGCAGGUUUAAAAAUAUAUACUUGUGUAUUGAUUUUUAAAGAAAGGCAUUGAUAUUUAUGGUUAGGUUUGGUGCAACGACAGUGCUAAAUCAUCACCUGUUUGGCAAAGUAGGCUGUGAUUCGAUGAGAAAUUAACAGGCACCGCAUCGAUUAUAUGCAACGCAGGACACGCUAGAUAAACUAGUAAUAUCAUCAACCAUGUGUAGUUAACUAGUGAUUAUGUGAAGAUUGAUUGUUUUUUAUAAGUUUAAUGCUAGCUAGCAACUUACCUUGGCUUCUUGCUGCCCUCGCGUAACAGGUAGUCAGCCUGCCACGCAGGCUCCUCGUGGAGUGCAAUGUAAUGCAGGUGGUUAGAGCGUUGGACUAGUAACCGGAAGGUUGCAAAAACGAAUCCCCGAGCUGACAAGGUAAAAAUCUGUCGUUCUGCCCCUGAACAAGGCAGUUAACCCACCCAUGCCAUCAUUGAAAAUAAGAAUGUGUUAACUGACUUGCCUAGUUAAAUAAAGGUAUAAAAAAAAAAAAAAAAAAAUCCGCUUUGUUAUGAAAACUUGAAAUCGGCCCUAAUUAAUCGGCCAUUCCGAUUAAUCGAUCGACCUCUAAUACAGUCCACGAGUCUGUUUAUCCAAAUGCCAGUGAGAGGACGCAGGAUCUGACUGUUUAAAGAAACACUAUGGCCGAUGCAACAGGGCCCUGUUUUAUUAUGCACCAAAUAGUGGGAAAUGGACUGAAACUACCUGGACUUGUUCAAAAAUAACACAAAUUUUAGUUUUCUGCAAAACAUUUAUAAAUGUUUGUUACCGUGUGCCCUAAUGAAAACAACCCAGAUAUUUGCACUCCAAAACAGUGACCGUGGAUACAUCAUUGGCUUAUACAGAACACAUUUGUGCUGUAUAUUCUGCAUGAAUAUCGAAGAGAUACUUUUUUAUUGAAUGGACUUGGAGUAGAGAACAUUAGAGGUCAAUUGCCACCAAAGGUGAUUCCUUUAAGACCAGCCAGGCAACUCUUGUUACUAAUAUGGCCUUCCCUUUCUGGUACUGUAAUGUAUGUCCCACGCUGUGUCAUUACAACCAUCAUGUUCAUGAUUUUGCUAAAUAUGCAGACAAAUGUAUAGCUGAUAAUGUUGUACAUUUAUGUUUCAAGACUUUACAUGGUAUUAUUAUUCUUACCAGCUGUUCCAAGUUAUUUUAAAAGGAGAGGGAAGCCUCACUUUGGAGGAAAGUGAGAUGAAUUCAUAUUUGUUGACAAUUUUUUAAAUGUAAUAAGUACAUACAUAACUGCCCUUUUUGCAAGGUUACCAAUGGGUGUUUUGAGUCCAGCUCCGUUCUGAAAAGGCCUCAGUCUUGCAUUUGUUAGUAAAGGCUAGAGCCCAGCUCUAAAAGGCUGGAGCAACGCUCAGAGUAAGAGUGCAUCAGAGAAGAACACACAAUCCCAGAGCAGAGGCUCGCUGGUCGAGACUUGGGUGGUUGAAUACAGACCUACUUUAAUGUGGAAGUAUUAUUCUCUGACAUGUUCCAAACUUUUCGAAACAUUUGAAAACAACUGCAAACAGCUACACCACAGGUCAUUCCUUAAACGGGCUGUUAUGAUUGAUGUGGUUGAGCUAUCUUAACAAACUGUUUUGAGAGUACCAUAGGACUAUCUCAGGGCUUCACUGGAGAGCUCAUUGAUUCACAGCGGCACAGGUUUGAAGGGGUAAAUAUGGUAACAGUUAGCGCUGACUGAAUCGGAGAAGAAAAUUGAGAUUCUGAUAAUUAGAACAGGAUAAUAUAUUUAAGAAUAUAUUGUUGUAUAUAAUUACUGUCAUUCUUUAAAAGCCAUAUAGCGUCAAAGAAUCCCCCUCUUUGUGUAAGCCUCUUUCUGUUCAGCUGAGGUAGUGGUUACAUGCUAUUCUUCUGUAUCACGUCUAACUCUAUAAAUGUAUUGUUUUUACACUGAACUAUUUGUAUCUAACCAGAUCUAAUGCUCCAGCUUUUUAUCCUUUUCCAUAGCCCUCCCCAACAAAUUAAAAAUCUGUUUUUAUCCUGACCUGUACUUGUACUGACCUUCAACACAGUGGGAACACUGUCACUUCCCUUAAUCACAAGAUUAGGCAUUCCCCCCUAAAAAGCACAGAGAGAUUUCAAAGUUCUAUUUCACAACCCCCCUCCCCCUCCAGUAUGUCGCCAUGGAGGAAACAGGUGGAGGGUGAGGUCAGCAAAGUGUUUACAGAGCAGUGGAACUAGGAAGUGUGGUAACAUUUUAUUUGGAUAGUCCAUCUGUAUAUGUUCUACAGACUAAGUUACAUUUCAGCUUACUAUCUGCUAGCCCUAACCAAUUACAUUAUAUUUUAGUCAUUUAGCAGAGGCUCUUAUCCAGAUCUACAUACAGGAGCAAAUAGGGUUAAGUGCCUUACUCAAGGGCACAUCAACAGAUUUCUCACCUAGUCUGCUUGGGGAUUCAAACCAGCGACUGGCCCAACGCUCUUAACUGCUAGGCUACCUGCCGCCCUAACCUUAACCCUUAACUUAGACCUAACCCUUAUUCUAUCCCUAACUGUAACCUUCGCAAGCAGUUGCUUAUCAACAAAGUGUGACCCACAGAAAAUACUGUAGGAACGGUUUCUGUUCGGCUCAAGGUACAUGUUGCAUGGUCUAGGGUCAGAUAGCAGUACCCUCAUGAGCUUAGUCAUUAGGGAGAUUAAAUAAGAUCUGAUCCUGUAUCAGUGGUUGGAGACAACCUCUACUGUACAUAACCCCCCCCCCCCCCCCCCCCCCCCAUCUGUAUAGGACUGUGCCAGUAUGUUCGGUACUGUAGGUAGUCAUGCCAUGGUCACAACAGUUGACCGCAAAGGUAGCAGGUAGCCAAGCGGUUAGAUCUGGAGGCGAAAGAAACACACACCUAUUUAGGCGGGGUGCUGGCCAGCAGAGUGGAACACUUAAAUAAAGGCGAGGAGCUCGGAUGCAAAAAUAUUUAUGUCCAACGUUUCGACAGACAAGCUGUCUUCAUCAGGGUAUAAUGUAACAUCUGUAUAGGAUCUAUAUAGGACUGUGCCAGUAUGUUAGGACUGUAGGUAGUCAUGCCAUGGUCACAACAGUUGAACGCAUGGGUAGCAGGUAGCCAAGCGGUUUGAGCAUUGGGCCAGUAACUGGAAGGUCACUGGUUUGAAGUCCUGAGCCGACAAGGUGAAAAAUCUGUCUGUGCCCUUGAGCAAGGCACUUAACCCUAAAGUGCUACAGAGGCACCAUAUUACUAUGGCUGACCCUGUAAAACAACACCUUUCACUGCACACAUCAUAUUUUUAUUUUAUCAUCCCAUCACUAAUCUCCCAUCAGCAAUGUGACUGUUGUGAAUGUUAUUUUACAUGUAUGCAUCCCAACAUUCCUUUAUUUAAUGUGUUUUUAUGCAGAGUUACUGAAUGCUUGUUUUCAUAAGCAACAUUCAAGUUCUCAGACUGGUCAGAAAUGGUGUUCAGUGCUCAAGCUAUGCAACGCUCGCCUUAUUUCAACAGUCCUGUGCAUCCAGUGUGGGUGGAGCGCCCUCCUGCGGGAGGUCUGAGUAACAGAGGAAAGUGUUCACUGUCAUUUUCUCCAUUUUCUUUUUUGUAAUGUAAAAAAUAAUGCUGUACGGUUGUGUGUAUUACCAUCAAAAUAUUAGAAUUUUCUGACUUAAUGGCCAGUCAUUUAACCACAUUGUGUAUCAUUUAAGUCUAAGCAGCAUUGAUGCUUCUCAUGAUUAUGUAUUUUACCUGUUUUGGGGAAUAGUUUCUAGGUUAACUCUUAUUGCAUAUGCAUAAAUAGGCAAACUACCUACUUUUUAAUAGGGGGUUCAUGAUACUACACGAUAUGGUUCAUGAUAGAGUUCAAAAGUUGGUCUAAAAAACACAGCCUAUGGAAACAGUUCAGGGAGUCUGAGAUAAAGGCUUCUUAUUACAUAUUGUACUUGGCUUAGUUGAUAAUAACAUAGCCAAGUUAUCACCUAACUAAUGCCAUCUUUAUUCAUUGUGUAUUCAUUCAUCGUGUUAUUUUUCCCUCUGCGAUGUUAUGAAGGGUCGUAAGUAAGUAUUUCACUGUUAGUCUACGAAGCAUGUGACAAAUACAAUUUAGUUUUGUGAUAUCUCCGUUGCAUUAACAAAUGACACGGACAUGGCAUGCUCUCAAUAUUGGGUAGGGCUACAGAAAUGCACAUUGUCUGUAAAAAAUGCUUUUUAUUUCUUAUAAGCCAUACUUUGGGUGGUCAACAGGACAAUGAUACAUAUUUCUGUCAGUCAACUGAAUGAGAUCAGUUGGUACAAGCCUGUAUCUUUUUCUUUCUUUGAUGUUUUGCUGGCUGGCAUUGUAAGGGCCCUGAUGUGUGCUGGCUUUAGUUCCUGUCAGGUUUUGGUUCCUUUCCAUCUGCUUGGACAGUCUGGUCAACAUCUCAACCCACACAUUUUAUGUCAUGUUCAUAUACUGUACGCCACCCACAUUGGGCGGCACUAUAAUGUUGCUCUUGUUUCAUUUAAGUGUAAAAACAUAACAUGGACCUGUCAAAAGUUAAUGGGCAAAUGACAAUCUGUAUCUCUUCUACAUCAGUGUUGCCCAUGUAAUGAUGGUUUUCACGUCGUUGCCAAAAUGAGUGAACACUGGCUUUCUUAGUGGAGAAAUGAUGAAUGCCCCAGACUCUUGUAACAAUGGAAUAUUUGAGCCUUGACAACACCACAACAGUUGUUUUACUGUGCCUAUUUGUUUUUUACCAUUCUGAUAUAAAUGAUCAAGUAAAACGCUUA